AUCACCAUAAAUGGGCAUUCUUUGCUUCACUCAGCCAUGUUGUUGCUGCUGUGGUGGGUGAUUUUAUCGCUCCUCAUGGCCGGGAGUGUGGCCGGCGUCGCAAAAACAGCGAUAGAGAAUCUGGAAGGUGGCAACCUGGAUGUUUCGACCUCAAUAGCGUCUUCAGCAUCUUCCUCCUCUUCAUCCGCGGGUAACUCGAUAGCCUCUACCGUCAGAAUGCCACCGAUCUUUCUCCCUGCGAUCACUCCGUAUCCAAACAUCUCACGCUUUUGGUCGUCUGGCUACUUUGCUAUUUCAAGCGCUACCAAUAGCUCAACCCGGCUAUUUCCAAGUAAUGGAACCGGACAAGACGUACUUGCAACGGGGACUGGCUGGAGCUAUGCUUCGUCAUGCAAUUCCGCACAGCAGUCCUGGUUUAACGCCCGAAUCCAAUUUUACAUGGGAAUCCCAUCCACGACUGUGACGACUGAUAUCCACGCCGCCACUCUACGAGUCGCUCCCGUGAGCACCACGAACUGUGGUACCGCCACUAUUACCUAUGCUCUCGACUCUCCCACGCACACUCUCGCCAUCACCACGCGGUCGUGGGACUCGCUGAUCUGGACAGGCCCGUUCCGCGACUGGACAGAAUCCUUCCUUGAGCCUUCCCCGACUUGUAGCAUCCAACCGAAAGACUGCUCAAGCCUCGUCAGCAGCUGGAGCAUUGCUAUGCAGGUGGCGCUUAGUAGCAAUGGCGUCUCGACCGUUAACCAUCCGCAAUGCCAGAUCCGCACGACUGAAUGCGGCAAGUGCACUAUCGGCGGUGGAAGCGUUCAGUUGAUCUACUUCCCCGUUCCCACAACUAUCGCUCGCGAUAUGUGUGCUCCCAACCCAAUUGACGACCCUGCUGUGAUAACACCUGCCCCAGACAUCCCAGUGGCCACUGAGUCUUUCGUUGAUGGAACUGAUGGAACUGCCCCUGUUGUCGAUGCAACUCGCACUGGUGGGUCUGCUGGCGGCCAAAGUGGCGUGGUCAUGAAUGGCACUACCUUUUUCGUUAAUAGCGCUUAUAUAUCCUUCCAAUACCUGCUUGCCGGACAAUACUGCGAUGGAUCCUCUAGUCAGAUUGGGGGAAUUUACAGCUCACAUCUCCUCGCCAUUCCGUCCGCCUCGGUCUCUUCGAUGCGGUUUCCUAAUUAUGGAACCGCUUACCGAUUCAACUUCGCGGAUAUGAACAGUCCAGUGCCUUGGAGCGCGUACAACGGACUCACGCAGUGCUUUAUCCAGCAGUGCCAGACUUUAUACUACGAUGAUCAUAAACCCGUCUUAGCAGUCCCGUCUGCGGUGCGACAAUUGGACCCGAAUUGGGCGGAUUGCGCGCUCGAUUUCGAUGGGCUUUAUGAUCCACCACUCGCAUUGGCCACUGCCACAGUCCUUGAUGGUGGGAGAGGCGGAGAAGGAGAUGGAGGGAAUGGAAAUAAUGAAGGGGGACGAGGGAAUGAUGGGAAUGGCGGAGGAAGCAAUCUAGGAGGAGGAACCGGCGAUGGAGGAACCGCACACCCUGGCCAACAACCAGGUGACAGCUUGCCGCAGCCGACAACGGCACCACAAGGUGGAGUCAGUGGAGGUAAUGCUCACAAUGACGGCGAAAGUGUUGGCGGGAUCAUCGGUGGUCUUUUGGGCGGCAACACCGGUUCCGACUCCAAUUCUCCUGGAGGAAACGGCGCUUCCAGUGGUUCUCCGGGCGGAGGAUCACCUGCAGACUCAUCGGAUCCGGAACCCAUAACUCUCCUCCCAAAUGGCCAGACCAUCGUACCGAACCCCUCCGGCCCGGGUAUCAUUGUCGGCGGAUCUACCAUCUUACCAGGUGGUGCUCCCGUUACAUUCCUUUCUGGUUCUGGCUCAGGCGAUAGUCUUAUCAUCAGCGCCGGCAUUAGCGGAGAUUCUGGCGUUGUUAUCAUCUCUCCCUCGGAUAACAAUGAAAGUCAACAGGGAGGUGGCGGUGUGGCUGCCCCAACCACGAUUAUUUUCCACCCUGGGGGCACUGGGUCCGUCCCAUCCCGCCCCGGUGGCGAAGGCCAGGCCGCCGCUGCAGACAAUAUUGCAUCUCUCCUCAGCGCCGCCGCCGCUGCUGGCGGCAUGGCCUUUGGAUUCAUCUUUACGGCCGCAGAUGGCCGAGUUUAUACAGCUACGCAAGCCGACUUUGGCGUAGCCGGGAUCGCUGUCAUUAGUGGGCAGACGCUGACAAUGGGUGGUCCAGGGGCGGUGGUUGAUGGAAACACGAUUAGUUUGGGUCCCGGCGGUCUGGUUGUCAGUGGGAUCGGAACCGUAAACGCGGUUGGCAUCACUGGCACCACGGACAUUGGGGAAUAUGUUGCGAGCGGAAUUCGGUUAUCAAGUAUCGCUGGGACUGGAGCCAACAGUGGAAGGAGUAACAUCUUUACCGAGCACAGCGGGACAGAGCAGACCGAUUGGAAAUUGGUGGCGAUUUCUGGUUAUACUCAGUUGGCUGGCGGUUGGUUUGCUUUGAUGUUACAGGAAACAAAAACGGUUAUAGUUCUAACAUGAAGGGCAAU